AUGGUCCCACCCUUGCCCCAUCUCUCCCAGCUGCCCUACAUGCGUUUUGGCUUCAAUAUGCGGCACAUAGUGGGUGAUUCCAGUCCCCUGCAUGGCCCCUCUCUCAGCGACCUGCUGUCACACCUGCUGCAUUCACUCACUUGUUACAAUCACGCCCCUUACCAUCCCGUUCCUCCCUCCCAGCUGCCCUACAUGCGCUUUGGCUUCAAUCUGCGCCACAUAGUGGGUGAUUCCAGUCCCCUGCACGGCCUCUCUCUCAGCAACCUGCUGGCAGCAGAUGCGUCUUUCUCUCUCACCAUCUCCGGCCUUGAACGCACCACCAUGCAACCUGUAUUCGUGGUGAAGGUGAGUCAAUGCAGUCAACGUGAGUCAAUGGGAGUCAAGGCGAGUCCCUUGCACAGCCUCUCUCUCAGCGACCUGCUGGCAGCAGAUGCUUCUUUCUCUCUCACCAUCUCAGGUCUUGAACGCUCCUCCAGGCAGCCAGUGUUUGUGGUCAAGGAGUACUACGCCUACGAUGGUGAGGUGCUGUGGGACUACAAGUUCCUCCACCUUCUCUGUGCGCCUUGCCACCUGCCUCUCAACCAUUCUUUAUGCCCCCUGCACUGCACCCCUCUUCACUCCUGUUCACUCCAUGCUCUUCACACUGCUGUUUUCUGCACGCUGCUGCUGCACUGCAGGAGUACUAUUGCGUACGAGGAGUACUAUGCGUACGAUGGUGAGGUGCUGUGGGACUAUGAGUUCCUCGACCUCAUACGCAUCGCAUCCGAUCUCGUUCCCACUCUAGACCACUCCCGAUUGGACGCCGUGACACCUGUCAACACUCACAGCUGA